AUGGAUACAAACAAUCUCUUUCCUCUGCUGGAGAAAUUGGAUGAUGACCUGGAUGACCUUGAAGAGGCCCUAGAGCCAUUUCUUGGUAAAUCCCUAGUUGGAGUAUCCAAAAAUCUGCCCGUGAUGGACAAAGCCAAGCUUCAUGUCCUGGUAACAUAUACGCUUGAAUCACUAAUCUUCUCUUAUCUGCGACUACAUGGCGUCGACGCGAAAAAUCACCCUGUUUUUCAAGAACUCACUCGCGUGAAGCAAUAUUUCGAGAAGAUCAAGAGCUUGGAAGCGGAGCCUGAACAACGCAGUAUGACACUGGACAAGGACGCUGCGACUCGCUUCAUCAAGCAUGGUCUUGCUGGCAACGAGAAGUAUGAUCUAGAGCGUGCUGAAAGGGAGGCCAAAGAAAAGGCGCGCGCUGCCUUCAAAGCCUCCAUGAUCGCCAAAAAGAUGGCAGCAACAUCAUCUAGUGCUGUACCACCUAGCGACAAAUCUACUUCUAACGAUCGAGGCGAUUCCGAUGCCAAAAUUAACACCGAGAUCAAAAUUGCCUCUGAGUAUGACAAGGAAAAGAAGCGAGGGAAGCACGAGAAAGCCAAGCCUAAAAGAAGGAAGCAAGGAAAGCCAAGCAAAGCCGAUCUUAUAGAUGAAAAAAAAGAACGGCGACAGAAGAAGGAGCAAACUCGUCAAAGUCGCCAAGGUCGCCAGGAGUCAUAA